AUGCCACACCUCAAAUUAGGGGAGUCUAUUCCCCCGGACACAGCUCACGCUGUGAGCGUGUCGUUGCCUACGUGGAAAGCCAAUGUUGGCUACGAAGAGGGCGAGAAAUGGGUUGUAAACAGCAUGACCACCGGCUACCCCAGGUUCUUUAUCCACCGGAGUAUAGCCUCUUUUGCCCAGGAAAUCGCGGACAAGUUCGGUCGCCCUGGACAGUCGGCCAUGCUGUUCCCCAACGAGACCAUCGCUUCGAGGUGUGUCGACUUCAUCAAGGAGAAGGCGCCUGUUUCGGCGCAGGAGCAACUUGACACCGUUCACCUGGUCCUGGACUCGUCGAAUCCUGCUGCUGCGCCUCUGAAGCCCAUCGGCCCCACAGUGUCAGCCGUGCUGUUCGUCCCCGAGGCAUUUCCCUUCGCGAAACAAUACUGGCAGCACAGUGGCGAUGGUAUCUCCAGCCGGCGUGCCGAGUUCUGCAGCAGCCUCCUUGACCAGGGCUUGCUCGUGCCGGAUGAUUCGCCCAAACCGCCGACCUCGCCUGUGCGGAAAAUGCCUUGUAAGGGUCCGAGGCGCUACCAGCGACCCAUGUCUGUCGACGAGACAGUGUCACCGCCAAAGAACGGCAACGGCAACAGCAAUGGCAAUGGCAAUGGCAACGGUCCCGCGCCAGACUCGGAAGAAUCGUCUCGGUUUGUCGAGGAGCGAUUUGGUAGGAACCUGGACAUAUCCCUCGUGGAGCGAGCGAAAACGGCCAUCAGGCGACGCAUCGCUGGUACUUUGACACACGACGUGGAUGUUAAGAAUCACCCACUGCCCCAAGCAGAGCCCAGCAACAGAGGUGUCAAGGGCCUAACAGAACGUGACAUCUACCUGUUCCCAUGUGGCAUGAACGCCAUAUUCAACACGCAUCGUCUCCUGUCAAAGGCCCGCGGGAGCCAGAAGAGCAUCAACUUUGGCUUCCCAUACGUCGACACCCUCAAAAUCCUGCAGAAGUUUGGCCCCGGCUGUCUAUUCUACGGCCGCGCGUCUGAGGAGGAUCUGGACGACCUGGAGCAGAGGCUCAAGUCAGGCGAGAAAUUCCUCGGCCUCUUUUGCGAGUUCCCAGGCAACCCGCUGCUAAGCUGCCCGAACCUUGGGCGAAUCCGCGCCCUGGCGGACCAGUACGACUUCGCGGUGGUGGUGGACGAGACCAUCGGGACCUUCGCGAACAUCAACGUGCUGCAGUAUGCCGACGUGGUGGUCAGCAGCCUGACCAAGAUCUUCUCGGGCGACUGCAACGUCAUGGGCGGCAGCGCGGUGCUGAACCCCAAGGGCCGCUACUACGCCGAGCUCACGGCGGCGGCGCGGCGCGAGUAUCAGGACACGUACUGGCCCGAGGACGCCAUCUUCCUGGAGCGCAACAGCCGCGACUUUGCCACGCGCAUCGACCGCGUCAACGCCAACGCCGAGGCCAUCUGCGAGGUGCUGCUUUCCAACGACCUGGUCAAGACGGUGCACUACCCCAAGUACAACAAGGACAGGGCCAACUACGACGCGUGCAAGCUGCCGGACAAGGGGUACGGCGGCCUCCUCUCUGUCGUCUUCCACCGCAAGGCGGACGCCAUGGGCUUUUACGACAGCAUAGAGACGGCCAAGGGGCCGAGCCUGGGGACCAACUUCACGCUGACCUCGCCGUAUGUCCUCCUUGCGCAUUAUGCCGAGCAGGAGUGGGCGGCGAGCCUCGGGGUUGACCCUGACCUGAUCCGCAUCAGCCUCGGGCUGGAGGAGACGGACCAGCUGGUCUCUAUAUUCCGGACCGCCCUCGAGGCGACCAAGGAGGCAUCGCAGAAAUCAUGA